AUGCCGCCGAAGGGCAAGGGCGUCUGCUGUCACGACCAUGACUGCGAGGAGGCGGACUGCGGGCCGCAGUACUCUCUGUACGAGCACAUCGACACGGGCCACGUCCGGUGCCUGAACGAGGCCGUGCCGGGCUCUUGCAAGGGGGUGUUUCGGCCGUGGCACACGCGCGGCGACACCGACCACGUCCUCGAGAGCAACGACGACGACCCCGAACUCCUCCUCCACAUCCCCUUCAACGGGCAGGUGACGCUGAAGGCGAUCUGCGUCGUCGGCGGCGGCGACGGCGCGUCCCCCGCGAAGAUGCGCCUCAUCACCAACCGCGAGGACGUCGACUUCACCUCGGCCGCCGACAUCGCCCCGCAGCAGGAGUUCGACAUGAUUGAGGACCUCCGCGGGGUGGUCGAGUACCCCACGCAGCUGACCAAGUUCAAGGGCGUGCACCACCUGUGCAUCCACUUCCCCGCGGCGCUCGCGGGCGACAGGACGCAGAUCACCUUCAUCGGACUCAAGGGGGAGUUCCAGCAACGGCGGCGCGAGGCGGUGCAGGCGGUGUACGAGAGCCAGCCGAUGCCGGAGGACAACAAGGCCCCGGAGGAGUAUAGGAACACGAUGGGCUUCGGGACGUGA